CUCCUAGAUCAUCCUCUACCCCAGGAAAGUGCAAUACUCUGCCCUCUGAAUCACUAGUCCAGUCUUGCAAGAGACUGCCAACCAGUGUCUAUCCCUGUGGGCAAAUCGACUGGCACACUGUCUGUCAAGUCAUCUUCGAGGGCUCAACGAACAACCUCCCUCAGUCUUCGACACUCCUGAUCCUUUGGUCUGAUUUGUCGUUGCGUCCGAUCUAUCCACUGCCCCCCUCUGGGCCACUGAUCUACCUAGCUCUACUAUCCUCGCUAUUUAGCUCGACAUGUCGCUUCCUCUGGGCUUCUCGCCCUUUGACGAUUACGACAGUCCCUAUGCCUCGACCAAUGCUGCCAUCCGCAGGCAGAGCCGUCCUAUGGGACAGGGGACCCCUGGGCAAACCACACCUACGUCGUCCUUCCAGCAGCAGCAAAGUCGCAGGCCCUCGCAAGGCAGUUUCACUCCUGGUCAAGUCGUAGAUGCGCCCCCACGAAGAUCAUCACCUCCGCCUCCUAUUCCUGCCGCAGAGGACUUCGGCAGCAGCAAAAGAUUCAGCAGCGCUCGCAAACCAUCGAUGGACGCAGCAGGUGUGCGACACAUUGCCAAGCCCAUGCCACUUGGUGCGCCCUGGGCCGAAGACGGUAGCACCUCAACGCCCCCUCGAAGCCCUGUGGCCAUGCCAACACGAUCACCACCUGCCAGUCCACGCUCGAACCCUGGCAGUCCAUCGUCAUACAGUAAUGCUGGUACUUCAUCACCGUCAUUGCCAACACGACGGUCACCGCCACCGCCGCCAGCCGCCCGUGCCUCUGCAGGCUCCACCAGCGGAGCUGCCAAACCUGCUCAAUAUCCGCCUACGCAGUCACAGAGAAAGUCUGUCCCCGUCCCUAUGCCCGUGUCUUCAUCCUUGCCCGAGCCUGCCGAGCCCCCGGCGGCUUCAAAAGUAGCCCUGGCUACGCCAGCCGACGUCGAGAGCAACGAAGCCACUACCCAGGCUCCGGCAAUGCGACAAGUCGGCUCCGUCCACUCAGAAGAGGACGACGAGGCCGACCACAUGGUUUCGCCUGUCACCUCUGACGAUGAGAUUGAGCACAAUGCUGGCGACUUCCGUACACCGACAGAAGAGGAAGCACCCGCACCCAUGGACAGCGAAGGCAGAACGUCGCAGCCAUCUUACGGACGAGACGCCGGCGGUGCCGCCGGACUCGGUGCUGCUGCUGCGCUAGCUUCUGGCAGCUCUUUCAACAAUGUCUCUCCCCGUCGUGCAAGGGAUGCGCCUAAUGCUGCACCGCACACUUCUUACGACAUGGGCGGUGCGGGCCCAUUCAACGAAAAGAACACAUCAGAGGACCGAGCACUUCUCACCGGUGCCAGCGGCGCCGGAGCUGGCGCAGCUGCUGCAAACCGUUCGUACAAGCCUCUCAACGAAGGGUCUCGAGGUGGAUGGAGUGACUCACACGGUGCUGGUGCCGGUGCUGGCGGAGCUGCCGGUGGCUCAGCCCUCGGUCGUUCUUGGCGAGCUCACAAGAAGAGGUGGAUCAUUGGUCUCAUCCUGCUGAUCGUGGUCAUCCUCGCUGCCGCCAUCGGUGGCGGUGUCGCUGGCUCUGGCGGCUCCUCUAGCGCUUCGAACAGAUCCUCUAGCGGCAGCAACAGUGGCUCCGGCAGUGGAUCCAGCAGUGGUUCCAACAGCAAUGGCUCAGGCAACGGAGGCACCAAGACUUCCGGCGUCGGCCCGCUCGACUCCAGGCUGACAAAGUCUUUCUACGGUAUGAACUACGCCCCACAAGACUCAAACUUGACUGCUGGUUGCGGAGCCAACAUCACAGGUGUCAUUCACGACGUCACUAUUCUGACGCAGCUCACUUCGAAAGUGCGCUUGUUGGGCUCCGCGUGCAACGAAACAGCCAUGGUGCUCGACGCCAUCGACCGCCUCGGAGUGGACAUGCAGGUGUGGCCGGCAGUCGCCCUUACCGAUGACAUGACUCCUACGUCCGUCGCCUUUACGACGCAAUUGGACAACAUCUCCUACGCCUUUGACACCUUUGGCACUGCCAACAUCGGCGGUGUCUCUGUCGGCGACGAGUAUCUCACAUCAAGCGGCUCCUCUUCCCAGCUCGAAGCUUUCAUCACAGCCGUCCGUAGGCUCGUCACAGCCAAUACCGAUUGGGGAACGGUGCUCGUGGGUAGUGCUGAGACCUCGUCGGUGUGGACGGCUGCUCUAGCCAGGCAAGUCGACUUUGUCUUUGCAAACGACGAGUCUUACGACGAAGGAGACGUAGGCGCCGAUGCCGCUGCCUAUGCGUACCAAUCCUACCAAGAUUUCGUAGUCGAAACCAUUGCCAGUGCCUCGAACGACCCUCCGUCGUACAUCUCCGCCAUCGGCUGGCCGUCGGCCGCACAGAGCGGCACAAGUACGACGCUUUCGAGCUUGACCAAUGUGCAAGCCAUGCUGGACUCCUAUGUUUGCGAGGCCAACACCAACGGCACCGGUUACUUCUGGUUUGAGCUUUACGACGCCGCGCCUGCCGAUAUCACACCGACGGGCACUCCCAAUACUGCCGUUCCUGGCUACUGGGGUCUGUUCGAUUCGGACAAAAAUCUCAAGGACCUGACAUUGCCCGACUGCCCUCUAUCAUAACGGUUGUAGCAAGCGAUCGGCGCAGAGACGAGAGUGGCACCGGAUAGAGAAGGCACAACCAUGGCGCAUCCGCCUGGUUCUUGAAAGCAAAAGACCGCAACUUAACAUCGGCGCCUCGGCACCGAUGAUCAUGAUGACCCCAAUGGACAAUAGCAGAUCUCGCCUUCUCUUUCUUCUCGUGGCCCCGCCUCUGCUCUCCGGUUCUUC